AUGUCAGAGUCUGCAGGCCGCAACUCCUCCGUCUCCUCCAUCUCUUCCAUCUCUCUGGUGGAGAUUAAGGCGGAGACUCAUCUGGUCCUGCAGGCUUUUCUCCAUCGGACACUCUCCACGCCCCUGAAGGAGAGGCCCGGCACAGUAGGAGGGCUCUACAGAGACCACAGCAAGUACAGAAAGAUCUCCAGAUUCUUCAAGAAAAGGAUAGAAAAAGAAAAAGAGAAGGACAGAGAGAGGGACAAAGAGAAGGACAAAGAGAGGGACAGAGAGAAGGACAGAGAUGGAGCUCGUCCUCUGAGACCUUCUACGCUGCCAAUCGACAAACAUCUUGAACCCUCCCCGGCCCUCAUCUCUCCCAACCACCCUCCUGAGUUCUAUGAUGAAGUAGCAGAGAAGCUGGAGAAGAUUGCCCGGAGGAGCAGCUGUAAAAAGACUGUGAGUCCCACAGUCCCGCCCCCAACAGCAGUGUGGGACAAAGAAGUCGUGGUGCAGCAGCUGGCUCAGGUUCUAUCUUUAGAGGGAGAUUCGAUCAACAAUAAGAUCCAGACGGACCCCUUCCUGCGCUCCAGCUUGGCUCGUCUCUCCUACGCUUCCUUUGCCAAGCUUCUCGACACGUUCAGUGGCAGUGAGGUGUCGGACCCCCCCGCCCUUCAGCCAGCAGCCAGUCCCACGCUCAGACGCAUGGCCGUCACCAUGGAGGUGUCACGCAGGAUAGUGACAGCCACAGGAACCCAGCGCAUGCAAGGCUAUGCUGAGAGCUACAUGGAGACCUUCGCUCCCUGGGUGAAGAGCCACGGAGGAUGGGAGAACGUGGUAUAUUUGGAAGAGCCUGCGGAGUAUGACUGAGUGUUCCGAGCUCUCGGGACAAUUUUAGUUCUGCUGACCCCAGAUCAGCACUGAGCUCUGGAGGAGGACAUCAGAGGCAGAGAGGGCCUCACUCUGCUGCUCUACACGGACACUCUCUUCCACUGACUCUCACCUGUGACAAGAUUCCAGAAGCCUCUGUGAUACAUGUUCCUCUGGAGCCUGGACAUCAGGAAGUACUUUGACGAGUACAUGGUCAGCAGGAAGCUGCUGUGGAGAUUCUUUGAUCACUGGGACUUUGAUAAGCAGUUUACAGUUGCAUCAUGAUUACGCCCCCCCCCCCCACCCCCGGGGCCUGGAGGACAGGAUGCCUCCAGGCCCCGGAUCAAUUAGUAGGAGUAUUUUUACCUUUUUUAUUCACAACUUUUUUAAAUGUUGUUGUUUGUUUAAGGUGCUAUUUUAACAUUUUUUACUAAAUAAUUCAUACACAGGUGUUGAAAACGGAAUCGUUUUUUUCUGCUGUUUACAUCAAUCAUGAUUAAAGUUAAUGAAAUGUGAAAAAUGAAUGAUUGUACGUUUAUGUAAUAUAAUGUUUUUUAUAUUUAUUUAUAGAUGAGGACUUUUCACAAUGAUGUUAUUCAGAUACAGUCAGAAUGGGGGGAUCUUUAAUGGGCAUGUGGACCCUUUUUCUAACCCUCAACCCAAACUCCCUGCAUGGCACCCCCCCAUGUCGGGGAUUGGAAAUGCGUCCUUGGCUAUUUAAGUAUUUUUACUUACAGUUUUAGUUUGACACCUGUUAAAUAAAACAAAUUGACUCAUCAA